UGUUUCUCAUUUCUUGGGGAGAGUACCGGCGGGAAGGUCUGUACCUUGGUCCGACGUGGGUCGGGAUUUGCAGCUGAGAGGAGAGGAGUCCGGUGCCGCCGCCCCCCUCACCUAAAUACCCAGGCCCCUGGGAUUGCAGGCAGGGGUGGGGCUUUGGGGCCAGAUUUGAGGAGGGGGGUCUGCUGCGGUUUCCUCCCUCGAAGCCAUUCCCCAAAAUGAGCUUUUCCCGCCCAUUUGCCCUACCUUCUCCCCUCCCCUCCUCUUGUUCCCAGGGGCCCGUGACCCAUUUUUUUUUUUUUUUUUUUUUGAGACCGGAGUCUUGCUCUUGUCGCCCCCUGACCCAUUCUUUUUAUUCUUCUCUAUAGCAUCCAUUCAUAUAUUCAUUCAGUGAGCGAAUUUUUAAUCCAGCACAUACUAUUGCAAGCGCUGUUUUAGGCGUUGAGAAUACAACAGUGAACAAGACGACAAAAAUUCCUGCCCUCACGGAGCUAAGAGCCUACAUUUUAGCGAGGGUAGAACGACCAUAAACAAUGUAUAUAUUAAUAAGUAACUUAUGCACCAUACUGGAAAGUGAUAAAGUGCUAUAGAGUAAAAGAAGAAUUCAUGUAAAGCAAGGGAAACAAGAUGUGAGAUCACAGCUGGUUUAGUGUUGCUAAUGAACCCCAAAUCCAGGGCAGUGUUUGACACAUUAAGCCAAACAGUAGCUGCACUGUGGGUCAAGAAGGGCCCUUUGGCUGGCACCACCAAAACAUGUGUUCUCCAAAGGAGGCUGGCAUCAACUGGAGCCACUUCACAGCUUGUUUGAGAACUGGAUCUGACCAGUAGGAAGAAACCAGGACAGCAGUGGAAGACUGUUAAAGAAACCUGAGUAAAAAGAUGCAGGAGGUAAGAAGAGGAGGGUCUGUGAUACAUCACAAGGAGGAAGAAGGAGAAGUAAGUCCAAGAAAGAAGGAAAGCCGUGUUGUGCUGUUGGAUGAGAGUUCAGGACCACCAAGCCAGCUGCUUUGGACCCCCCAGGAUACCCAGCUCCCUCAGGAAAGAGCUCUAUUACCUGCUCCAUAUCCUGCCUUCACUAAAGAUGGAAGCCAAGGAGACCUGCCACAAGCAGAUAUCACACUAAUGAGCCAGGCCCAAGAUAGCAGGAGCAUAUUAUUUCAAGAGUCAGUGUCAUUUGAGGAUGUAGCUGUGAACUUCACUAACAGGGAGUGGCAGUGUCUGACCUACGCUCAAAGGCAUCUCUAUAAGGAUGUGAUGUUGGAAAAUUAUGGGAACAUGGUAUCACUUGGAUUUCCAUUUCCUAAACCUCCUUUAAUCUCUCAUCUGGAGCGAGAAGUAGACCCCUGUGUGCAGGAUCCACAGGACAGGGAGUCCCUAAGCUGCUCCUACCCAGUGUCAGCUGACAAGAUGUGGCCUGAGAAUGAAAAGGCAAGUUCACAACAAGAGAUUUUUGAAAAUGGAGAAGCCUACUGGAUGAAAUUUAACAGUCUCCUAAAAGUUGAUUCCCGGGAUCCUAAGGUUAGAGAAGUUUGUGUUCAGGAUGUCAAAUUAGAGAAUCAAUGGGAAACACCUAUAAGGGAGAAACUGAGAGAAGAGAAAGAAGGCUCUGAGGAAGUGACCUGCAAAAAAGGAAAGAACCAGAAAGUGCUUAGUAAAAACUUGAAUCCAAACUCAAAACAUAGUCAAUGUAAUAAAGUUCUUAUAGCACAGAAACUCCAUGAAUGUGCCAGGUGUGGCAAAAACUUAAGUUGGCACUCAGAUCUAAUUCUCCAUGAGCAAAUUCAUUCUGGUGAGAAACCCCAUGUGUGUAAUGAGUGUGGGAAAGCAUUCAAGACCAGAAAUCAGCUUUCUGUGCACCAGAUAAUCCACACAGGGGAGAAACCUUUUAACUGCACCCAGUGUGGGAAGGCUUUCAACAGUAGAUCAGCUCUUUGCCGACAUAAAAAAACCCACAGUGGGGAGAAGCCUCACGAGUGCAGGGACUGUGGGAAGGCCUUCAAGACCAGGAACCAUCUCUGUAUGCAUCAGCUCAUCCACACUGGGGAGAAGCCUUACGAAUGUAACUGCUGUGGGAAGGCCUUCCAGUUUAAGCAUUCCCUUACCAUCCAUGGCAGAAUCCACACUGGGGAGAAGCCAUAUGAAUGUGAGGAGUGCGGGAAGGCCUUCAGUGGGAGUUCAGACCUCACCAAACACAUAAGAAUCCAUACUGGGGAACGACCUUAUGAGUGCAGCAAGUGUGGAAGGGCCUUCAGUCGGAGCUCAGAUCUAAGCAAACACAAACGAAUCCAUACUCGGGAGAAACACUAUGGGUGCCCCCAGUGUGGAAAAGACUUCAGCAUCAAGGCAGAACUCACCAAACACAGAAGGAUCCACACUGAAGAGAAACGUUACAAGUGUGAGGAGUGUGGGAAAGCCUUUCAUCAUAACUGUAAGCGCAGGGCUCAUGAACGAGAGCACACAGGGGAGAAGCCCUAUCAAUGCAGGAAUUGUGGGAAAACCUUCCAAGAUCAGCAUUGCCUUACCAUCCAUCAGAGAAUCCACACUGGAGAGAAACCUUACAAAUGUUUAGAGUGUGGGAAAGCUUUCAGUGGGAAGUCAAACUUGACCAAUCAUCAAAGAAUUCACACUGGAGAGAAGCCUCACAAAUGUGAGGUAUGUGGAAUGGCCUUCCAUCAUAGUUCAGUCCUGAGGCAGCACAAAAGAAUCCACACUGGUGAGAAGCCAUACACCUGCAGUGAGUGUGGCAUGUCCUUCCGUCAGGGCUCAGCUCUGAUUGGACAUAAGCGAGUUCAUACUGGGGAGAAACCUUAUGAAUGUGAGGAGUGUGGAAAAGCUUUUAGAGUGAGCUCAAAUCUUACUGGACAUAAGAAAAGAAAACAUCAAGUAUGGAGAACCCAUGAACUUGAUGGGAGUAGGAAAUCCCUCUCUCCAGUGACUGUUUCUCAGACCUCAGUAGUCAGUAUUUUGACCAGUGCCUGAGUAUAAUGAUUCUGGUGUUACUUUCUGUUUUUCCUACCUCUUAGGCUGGUCCUUCUGUCUCUUAUAUUAGUUAUUCCUGAUUUCCUGACCCUUAAUUGUGAGAUUCCCCAAAGACAUUGUCCUUUACCUUCUUAUUCAGUAUUUUUUCAGUGAGCACAUUUACUUCCAAGAGUUUAUCGAUCACUUCCUAAUAAUAAUAAACACUUAUUAGUGCUUGCUGUGUUCCAGGCACUGUUCUAAGGGAUUUACACAUUUAAGCUUUUUAAAUCCAUACAACAUCCCUAUGAGAUCAGGAAUUUGAGGCACAGAAAGAUUAACAAACUUGCCCAGGAUCACAUAACUAGUAAAUUCUGUGCUCAGGCUUUCCUAGGCAAUUCCUAUAUGCGUGCACCACAUCUUUCCAACAUGAAGUUAUACCUCAGUUCAGCACAAAACACCUCAGUUCAGCACAAAACAAGUUUGUAAUUUAUAAACACCAAUCAUUUUUAGCAAUUUUUUAACAUAAAGCUAGAAUGGUACUUCUCCAUAUUGUAUCAGGAUUGCCAAGAUUCAAAGUGAAAAGGGAGGCAGGGAGAGAACAGGUUUAGAAAUCACGGGUAAGAGCCAGGCAUGGGGGCUCACGCCUGUAAUCCCAGCACUUUAGGAGGCUGAGGAGGAAGGAUCACGAGGUCAGGAGUUCGAGACCAGCGUGGCCAAUACCGUGAAACCCUGUCUCUACUAAAAAUACAAAAAUUAGCCAGGCAUGGUGGUGCAUGCCUGUAGUCCCAGCUACUCGGGAGGUGGAGGUUGCAGUGAGCCAAGAUCGUGUCACUGCACUCCA